UAAUCGGAAUACAAUGUACUGUAGGUUGUUGCUGUGAGUUUUUUCCCCUCUUGUCUUAAACAGGGAUGAGUUCGCAGUUGUGAACUUCUAGAUCGUAAAAUAAUAAAUCGUCUGUAUUGUCUGAAGUAUUAUAUUUCACGUAAAUAAUGCGAAGGGUCACGCUUUUUGUCAAUGGAUCCUCCAAAAACGGCAAGGUUGUAGCAGUGUAUGGGACUCUGUCUGAUCUCUUAUCUGUUGCCAGCAAUAAACUGGGAAUCAGGGCCACUAGUUUGUACAACGGAAAGGGCGGCCUUAUAGACGACAUCGCCCUGAUCAGGGAUGACGAUGUGUUAUAUGUCUCAGAAGGAGAUGCUUUUGUUGAUCCACAAAGUGACGGAAAAGCUGCUGAAGAUCGCCUAGGUUCCCACAGUGACUGGUUGACUUUAAAUAUCGGCGGGCGGCUCUUCACGACCACACGGAGUACGCUUGUGAGUAAGGAGCCUGACAGCAUGCUGGCUCACAUGUUUAGAGGAAAGGAUGUGUGGGGAAACAAGAGAGAUGACCGAGGCGCUUACCUCAUCGACCGCAGUCCUGAGUACUUCGAGCCCAUCUUGAACUACCUGCGACACGGCCAGUUUAUUGUUAAUGAAGGAAUUAAUUUACUAGGUGUACUGGAAGAAGCCCGUUUCUUUGGCAUCGAGCAGCUCGCUGAGCAGAUAGAAGUUGCCAUUAAGAACUCCCACCCCCCCGAGGACCACUCGCCAAUCUCCCGGAAAGAGUUUGUACGCUUUCUGCUUGCCACGCCCACCAAGUCAGAGCUGCGCUGUCAGGGGCUUAACUUCAGCGGGGCGGAUCUGUCUCGGCUGGACCUGCGUUACAUCAAUUUCAAGAUGGCCAACUUGAGCCGCUGCAACCUCACCUGUGCCAACCUGUGCUGCUCAAACCUGGAGAGAGCCGACCUCUCUGGGGCCAACCUGGAGGGUGCAAACCUGCAGGGCGUCAAGAUGCUGUGCUCUAAUGCCGAAGGCGCCUCACUGAGAGGCUGUAAUUUCGAAGAUCCCUCAGGACUCAAAGCCAACCUGGAAGGUGCCAAUCUGAAGGGGGUGGAUAUGGAGGGCAGUCAGAUGACUGGGAUAAACCUGCGUGUGGCUACGCUGAAGAACGCCAAGCUGAAGAACUGUAACCUGCGAGGGGCAACUCUAGCGGGAACCGAUCUAGAGAACUGCGAUUUAUCCGGCUGCGACCUCCAAGAAGCCAACCUGCGUGGCUCAAACGUGAAAGGAGCCAUCUUCGAGGAGAUGUUAACGCCGCUGCACAUGUCUCAGAGCGUGAGAUAACCGAUCACGAGCGACCCGUCACAGCCGAACGCCAGACGCUCGCGUCGGACCCGUAUGCAAUAUCGGCGUUCCGUGUCCUCACCUCUCAGCUUUACUCUCUCACGUUAGUGCACAUGCAGGGUGUUAAAUCAGCACAGAUCUCUCGUAGGAUUACUACAACACACCCGUCAUCGUCCAUCCUGAACCGUUUGUUAUACCAAACCUAGUUUACCUACGUGUUUUAUUUAUAUUUAUGUCAGAUUUAAUCCACAGUGUUGGCUUCCUGUAUGGUCUGGGGAGACGGAUCCCAAGCUGAUGAAGAUUAGUGAAUGUAUGCGUUUCUUAUUGUCGCGUACAGACGUCACAAAGGCGAACGCAACCAAAUACGUGUUCUGUUCGAGUUUAGAAUUCUGUCGUCUCAAAGCUUCGGGGUGGAAACAGUAGCCUCUUAAGGGGCUUUUAGAUGGGGUUUUUUUUUGUUUGUUUGUUUGUUUUUUAUACGUCUUCAGUCUCAUUCGGUGACAUCCAGCGGAUUUCUCCAAAGCCGAUACACAGAUAUGAAGAGGUUCCUGCUUUGGUGAUUACUGGAAUUGUCCGACUCCGAAAUCUGAAGGAGGAGCCUUUUCUAAAGCUUUUCUGAUUUACCUUAGCAUUUCCGUGCCAUAUCAUGUAUCAUAUAUAUAUGCAUGCCUAAAAAAAAAAGGACAAACGUCUUGCUCUUUACUGUACUGUAUGUACCACAUGUAUGUGAUAAGCUGAUCAGACUAUUUUAAGUAUUAGGUAUAAAAUGACAUAUGCAAUGUAACUGGAUGUUUCUCAGCUCCCUGUUGUGCGUGCGCUUCAAAAAGAAACAGGAUUUGUCUUUUAUCUACCUCCCAUACUGAACUGACUUUUAUGGAUGGACAUUUAGAUUUCUUUCAGUUUGUCAUGAGGAGGAUUCAACAGAUAGAAAUGGGGGACGUCAAAGGGACAAAAGUUAACCAAAAUGCAGUCGUGCCUAACAUAAAUAAAUAAGGCUGUGUAGUUAUACAACCAGUAGCAUGAUCGUGCUGGUUUGAAGUCGUUCAUCGUCUUAACGUUAUCGUUCGUCCUCAAACGUCUCACGAAAAGUGUUCGGCACCAAAAACAGGUUUAAAACGGUGCUUUGCUUUCUCCAGUGCUUCCCUAUGCAGCAGCGUGGCUGUAGUUCUUUAUUCAGCACUUUCAACGUAACAGCCUCCGUUUCAUGUAUCACCUGUACAGUUAAUAGCGACCCAUAUUAUUGCUGCACGGUCAAACACUUGACCGGUUCCUUUAGGAAAUAAUUCCUGACACGAGCUUAAAGCUAACGAUAUAUUCUGUCACUCAGACCUCAUCGUAGGUACUCGUCACAUGAAGGCAAUCAGAAGCAGACCUUUGCGCUUGUAAGCGCAUCGCGAGUUGAUUUAUCAGACCCUUAGGAAGGGCACGGGCUAUUUAUUUCCGUACACAAGCAAUUCUGCGUUUAUGUAGAAUUUAAAAAAAGAGACGUCCUCUUCUGUUCGGCUCGCCGUCACGGAAGCGUCUUACCAUAAAGACUGUUCGAAACAAA